AUGGAGGAGAUGGUCUCUCUUUGCGAAGAGAUCACAUCAUAUAUUUCAACUACAUCAAACUUCCAGGACCAACGAACUUCGUUCUGCCUGGACAUCGGAUAUAUCAUCCCGCUAUACACUGUUGCAAGUCAAUGCCAAGACAUGGCAACUCGUCGGAGGGCGAUCGCUCUUCUUCGCUCGACACCGCGUCAAGAGGGCCUCUGGAACAGCCUGGUCGUCGCCAGGGCCGCCGAGAGGAUAUUGGAGAUCGAAGAGCGCGAAGGGGAGCAGUUGACGCCGUGUGCCCCUGUUGCAGAGCCACCAACAACACCGAGUCCCUCGACGGUCUUGCAACUGGAUGGUAGGGGAGUCCGACUGCAAUAUGUCAAACCAGGAAAAUACACUGCUGCACCUAUCGCUGUGGUUGAGGAGGUGGUCACUUGGUAG